AUGGGCAGACGGUGGCUUGCUGACAUUGGUGGGAAAGUUGGUCCCAUAUUCCAGAAAUGUGAUAGUCACAGGACUGGCCCUUUGGUCAUCCCAGAGCAGCUCCACCCGGGUGCACUGGCCUGCAGUGGAGCUGCCUGCUCAACAGCAGGCCAGUGCACCUGGGUGGAAGAAGCUGCUCCAGGAUGGCCAAAGGGCCAGUCCUUUCUUCUCUCCUAUUCAGAGAAGUUGGCUGCCUAUUUCCUACUGUUCUUGUUGAUGACUUACUCAACAGCAGGUUUCAGAAGCCCACUGAUUAUGCUUCAGCACUAUGAGGGCAGUGGAAUCAAACUCACCUGUAAAACUCAAGUAGAAGAAUCACCUGAGCUUUUUCAGAUUUCAUGGAUGGACAGCAAAGGGCAGGAACUUGCUUCUGCUCCAGUCGUUCAUAACAGCACCAAUCUGGAUAUUCUUCUAGAGCCAGGUGCUGGCAAUGCUCUCUCCUGUAGGAUUAUCAAAAAAUCUUCAAAUCUAGUAUUGGGAUCAACCUCGCUUGUCAUUGAAGAUAUCUUUUUCCCUGCCACAUCUGGAUUCAUGGUUGCCUUUUUUCUGAUUGCAAUACUUAGCAUUCUUAUUAUAAUUGGCACUAUAUAUAAAUUAAAAAGAGACAAACUGAAGAUUGCUCAGGCAGUAAAUGAAAAGGAUGCUCUACAGGAUGAAAUAUUACAGCUUAAAAAAUGUUCGAGGUAA